AUGGCGAGACGGGUCUACGAAGCCUGGAAAGGAAGUAAUAAGUUUAUAUUUGGUGGAAGAUUGAUAUUUGGGCCAGAUGCUUGGUCUCUUCCUUUUACAUUGCUACUCAUCAUAACUCCAGUUACUUUCUUCUCUGCAUUCGUUGCAACACAUCUCCGCCACGAGUUCUUACCAAACAGCGCUGGAGAUGCCAUCUUAGUGGUAGCAAUUUUAUUUACCGUUCUUGUACUGAUCCUCCUCUUCCUCACUUCUGCGCGAGAUCCUGGAAUCGUACCAAGAAACUCGCAUCCGCCAGAGGAAGAGCUAUGCUAUGAUACAACUGUAUCAAGUGAUGGAAGACAAACACCCAUUGUUCAGAUCCCCAGGACGAAAGAAGUCAUGGUCUAUGGCGUUCCUGUUAGAGUCAAAUACUGCGACACGUGCAUGCUCUAUCGCCCUCCUCGUUGCUCCCAUUGUUCCAUCUGCAACAACUGUGUUGAGCGUUUCGAUCAUCACUGCCCUUGGGUUGGUCAAUGCAUUGGAGUGAGGAACUAUAGGUACUUCUUUAUGUUUGUUUCUUGUGCAACGCUUCUCUGCAUCUACGUGUUCUCGAUGUCGGCUUUAUACAUCAAGGUUCUGAUGGAUAACCAUCAAGGAACUGUGUGGAGAGCAAUGAGACUAUCUCCAUGGUCGGUUAUGCUGAUGAUAUAUUGCUUUAUCUCCCUUUGGUUUGUUGGAGGGCUUACAGGGUUCCAUUUGUACCUCAUCAGCACGAACCAGACGACCUAUGAGAAUUUCCGGUACAGAUCAGACAACAGGAUCAACGUUUACAACCGCGGUGUUUCAAGCAAUUUUCUUGAGACGUUUUGCUCGAGAGUGAAGCCUUCAAGAAAUGACUUCAGAGCGUUUGUCAAAGAAGAGCCUCCGAGGAGUAUCGCAUUGGCUACAACGUGGGAACAAGGGGAAGAAGGAGGAGAGCAAGAAAACAGGGAGGAGCAGCGGCGUCAGAAAGUGGAAGACGAUCAAGAUAUUGAUGAAGAUGUUAUGAAACUACAGCAUCGUGGUAAUGCAGAAGAGGGCAGCGAUCACAGGGUGGAUAUUGACCAGUCGAGAGUUGGUUCUAAUGAGAGAGCACCGACAAUUCGAUCUGAAGCGAGGUAUGGAAACUGGGGAGCAAGAAGCAACGCACAAGAGGAUGUGAUUGCUGGUGGUUCUUCAGCCAGAGAGAGUAGUAGAAGCUAUGCAGCUGCAGAGGAAGGAAGGUGA